CGUCGCUAGGUGGGGGACUUGGCAUCUUUUUUAAGGCGUCGGCGUAAUCUACUCCCGAUUUUAACAUUAAUUUCGACGUAUUUCUGUCUUUUUGCGGCGUUGCAAGACUUUCUCUUCUUCUCUACAGGGAGAGUCGAGUCCUUCCUCACUCUGGAAAAAAACUUUUCAAGAUGGUGAUUGUGUGAGAGUUGGGUGCGUUUCAUGGGAUUUAUACCGAACAGUGACACGAAGAAAACACUUUCAGCAGUCCCACAGACAAUUAACGACAGCUCCCAUUUUUUGCUCACAGUAUAAAAACCGCAUCAUAUCUUGGAUUACGUUGGUUUUCUUCAUCGUGGUGGAAGGAGAGAAGAGUUUAGGGAAUCGGUGAAUAUUAUAUCAGCCCUCUUUCUCAUAGAUUUAUCACAACUACCAAUACUAGGACUUAAGAAGAGGAAACUUGUGAUAUUCAAAUGACAAGCUAGGAUAUGUCUUGAUGAACACAUAUUUGGGCCAACACUAGGCCCCUCACUCCUCCACCUUUUCAAAGUGCUUGCAAAGAUCCAGACAGAUAACUAAGGAUGUCUGCUGGACCGCUUGUUGACAAGAUUGACCCAUUCAAAAGGUCACCCAAGAAGAAGCCCAAAAAAUCGCAGGGCUCAUCAAGAUAUCACUCAGGAAGUGAAGCAGAUCUGCAACCUCUUCCUUUAUUAAAAGAUGUUCCGGCCGGCGAGCAAGAGGAGCUCUUCAUUCGUAAACUGCGCCAGUGCUGCCUGGGUUUCGAUUUUCUCGACCCGGUAGCCGACCUUAAAGGAAAAGAAAUCAAGCGAGCUUCGCUUACCGAACUGGUCGACUACAUCACGGCCGGUCGCGGAGUCCUGACCGAGCCAGUCUAUCCGGAGAUCAUCCGCACGAUCACGAGCAAUCUGUUUCGGACGCUGCCGCCGAGCGACAACCCCGACUUUGAUCCGGAAGAGGAUGAUCCGACACUUGAGGCCUCUUGGCCUCAUCUACAGUUGGUCUACGAGUUCUUCUUACGCUUCCUGGAGUCGCCGGAUUUCCAGCCAGGCAUCGGCAAGAAAGUGAUCGAUCAGAAGUUCGUCCUUCAGUUGCUGGAGCUAUUCGAUAGCGAAGAUCCCCGCGAGCGGGAUUUCCUCAAAACAGUAUUGCACCGGAUUUACGGAAAAUUUCUGGGCUUGCGAGCUUUUAUCCGCAAACAGAUCAACAACAUCUUUCUCAGAUUCAUUUAUGAGACGGAACACUUUAACGGUGUCAGCGAGCUUUUGGAAAUUCUCGGGAGCAUUAUCAAUGGAUUCGCCCUGCCGCUGAAGGUGGAACACAAGCAGUUUCUGGUCAAGGUCUUGUUGCCCCUGCACAAGGUCAAGUGCCUGUCGCUCUACCACGCCCAGCUGGCCUACUGUGUCGUCCAGUUUCUUGAGAAGGAUCCCUCGCUCACGGAGGAGGUGAUCCGUGGCCUGCUCAAGUACUGGCCCAAGACUUGCUCUCAGAAGGAGGUGAUGUUCCUCGGUGAGAUUGAAGAGAUUCUCGAUGUGACGGAGCCGGCCCAAUUCAUCAAGAUUCAGGAGCCACUCUUCAAGCAGAUUUCGCGAUGCGUUUCCAGCCCUCACUUCCAGGUGGCCGAACGUGCUCUGUAUCUGUGGAACAACGAGUAUGUCAUGAGCUUAAUAGAAGAGAACAGUGCGGCCAUAAUGCCAAUCAUGUUCCCAGCCCUCUACCGCAUCAGCAAGGAGCACUGGAACCAGACGAUUGUCGCCCUUGUCUACAAUGUUCUCAAAACCUUUAUGGAGAUGAACUCGAAACUAUUUGACGAGUUGACAGCCACCUAUAAGACUGAGAGACAGAAAGAGAAGAAGAAAGAGAAGGAGAGGGACGAACUGUGGCGUAAAUUGGCCGAACUGGAAAUCAGCCAUCGUCGACGUGAGCCGUCGGCCAAGACGAACGCUGCAGGAGGCGUGGCCCUGGCUAAACAAAGUCCGCCCACUUUAAAAUGAAAAAAACAAGAAUGAAGCAGCCACCUCGACUCCUUCGCCGCCCACAUACAUACAUAUAUAAACACACACACACACACCACAAACACAUACAUACAUACUCACCACUCUCUUCUCCUUCUUACAGACUUUCACCCCCUCAUCCCCCCCCCCUAUCUUCCCUCCUGCUUCCACUGUCCCCCUCAAGAUGAUCAAUUUAAUAAUAAUUUAACCCGUUGAAUCAUUCAUGCAAACGAGUGUUUUUGAGUCGACCAUUUAUAGAGGGACAAUAAUACCAAGCAAAAAAGAAAAAAAGACUGGCCAUGUAAAACAACAGUGUCGAUGUGUGUCUGUGUUGAGUGCGCGCGUUAAGCCGAGUGACAGGACAUUUUGUGCGUGCGUGUGCGAGCGAGCGUGAAUGGCUGGUUGGAUGUAUGAACCCCAAAAAAUGGAGCCGAGAGAAGAAGAAAAAUGAACAAACGUAACUUUGUCCUUCCCCUCUAUCCUUCCCGCUCUUAGACACUGAAACUAUUUACCAACACCUUUUUUUCUCUCUCUUUAUCAUGUUCGUUCCUCCACCGCCUAACCCUCCCACUACUAUCACAUCUCCACUUUGAAGAGAGAGGGGAAAACCAAAUGCAAAAUGUUUAAAAAAAUGAGCUAGAUUUUUUUAAAGACGUGAGAAAAAAAAAGUAAAAGUCUUGAGUGACAACAGAUUCGAUUCGGAUAUUCACUAGUCCCAUUGCUUUUGCUCUGGCGAUUUGACAAACCCAACAGGAGAAAAAAAAAACACAUUUCAAGUGCAAACAUGUAAAACUCCCAGAGUUUUUAAAGGAAAAAAAAAGCAAAUCAGGUUAUUGGGGUUUGGGUUUCCUUUUUUCUUGUUGAAAUCCACAUGGAAAUGGCGUUAAAACUAGAAACGAGAUGAGGGAGAGGUGGAGGAAAAUGUUGAGAUAUGACGAGUGUAACAAAAUAUUUGAACAAGGACAUUACGAACGUGAUAAUAGCCAGCGUAGAGAUAGAGAAGCGGAAUGGGGGGGAACGAAUGGCAAGAAGGAGGAAAAUGUCAAGUGCGGGCGUGUACUUUUUCAACAACAGCAAAAACAAUUCUUUUCUUUUUUAAUUGUGAUUUUUUUUUGGGUCUUUUUCCCCGUUUGAUUUGCUGGGAAGGUUAGGGUUUUCUUCGGCUCUCGCGAUCGCAAUUGUUCUGGUGUUGAUUUUCCCCAUUUUUUUAUUGUCUCGUCUACAGGAGGAAGAAAUCAUUAGUCGCCGUCUUGUUGUAGCCAAUUUGUUGCUCUCCUCCUUCCCAUUAAUUUUUCAAACACGAUUUGUUUUAAUUUGCUCCCUUUUCCUUCUAUUCUUCUUUCUCAUAGGACUUAUCGACGAAAGUUAUGUUGCCCGAGUAACUCUUGCAAGUCAAUGAAAGAGGGACGGCCGCGUUUGAUCGCUUCUCGUUAGUUUGAGAAAUAUUUGAAAAUGAAUGAGUACAUCCAUACCGCAAAACCCACCCCACCCCCUUUCCUGUAUAGUUGCCCUCCCACCAACUCUCCCCUCUUUCAACUGUCUCCCCCUCCGAACAUCUUUUGAUUUCAUGAAUAGGUGUGUGUCGUGUUCUUUAUAUACACCUGCUGAUCACUUCUUCUUGUCUUACGUGCAGUUUUCUGUUUGUUUAUACGAUCGUUCACAUUCUUUGCAGCUCUUUGAAUCUAUUGAGCAUAUAUCUUCUCUUUAAUUAUCUUCAUGCAAUGUUUUGAUUAGAUUUCGUUUCUGAGCCAGUUUUUAAUUGACCCGCCCCCUUUUCCUCCCAUCGUUUCUUUUUGACAGCUCUUCGAUAUGAUGAUGCUGGUGCACUUCCCAUCCACUUUUUUUUGAGAAAAAAAAUCAUCUUCUAAUAAUAAUAAUGGUCGGCUGUACAUUUUCUUUUUUUUUUUUUUGUAUCCCGUCACACCUGUCUCCCCCUCUAAAAUUCUUUUGCGCUCUCCACCAAUCUUAUCAUCAUGAGUCUUAACUACACCUUCGUCCAUGCCCCCCCCCCCUGUCCUUCGUGUACAGAUGGUUGAACAUCUUUUGUGUCUCUUUUGUCCAAACUGUUCGAUCAUCUUUCUUGGAUUUUCUCUUGUUCAAGAAGGAAACCGUUCAAGACGUAACAAAAAAAAAAUUAAGUAAAGCAAACCAACCAACCGGCCACACCAACAACAAAGUAACAUGUGCCCUCCCACCCAUUUUAUCAUCCCCUGUUGUCAAGUGUGUUUACUCUGCAUCGACCGAGUUGUAUGUCUGCAGUCAUAAAAACCAAUGAAACGAG